AUGCUUAGUUCAUUGAGUAAUAUAGAAAAGAACCAUUUGCAAUCAGGUAACAAUAUUACUAAAAUCAAGAAAAAUGUGCUUAGCAAUGUAACUAACAAUUAUCAAAAAAGUAUUAAUAAAAAAUCCGAUCUCAAAGAAAUUAGUAAACUGCAUUCCAGUAAAACACUAGACCCUUUAUCUGCUAAAAUAAAUCAAAAAUCGAAUGACAAGGAGGUAAAGGAAGAUCUUGAGUCGAAAAGAUUUAUCGAAAAAACCUCUAGACUGUCAAUCCAUGAUAAGGAAAAUAUUGAUCCAAAUAAUGAAUUAGAGACCAUUAAAAAGGGUUCUGAUGGGUCCCAUAUUAAUAAUUAUGAAAAAAAGGUAUCAACUAAAGAAGGUGGAAGAACGCUGGAAUUGAAAGAAAGAAACACGACAAAUCCAUCUGAAUCGUUUAAUGUAUCUGAUAUACAAAAGAAAAGACCUAUUUCUACAUUAUCAGAAAUUGGUGAUCUACCUAAGAAGCUAAAGUAUAGUGAUGAUAUUGAUAAUGAGAAGAUAGAAUGGGAUGAUCUAGAUGCAGAGGAUGCAAAUGAUCCGUUCAUGGCUUCUGAAUAUGUUUCAGAUAUUUUUGACCAUUUAAGGGAAUUGGAGAUGAAGACUCUACCAAUAAAAGAAAAUUUGCAUAUUCAAAAAAAUAUUGUUCAGAACAGAGAUAUUUUGAUAAAUUGGUUAGUUAAGAUUCAUAACAAAUUUGGUCUAUUGCCAGAAACACUUUAUUUAGCAACUAAUUUGAUGGAUCGUUUUCUAGCAAAAGAAUUAGUACAGCUAGAUAAGUUACAAUUGGUAGGAACCUCUUGUUUAUUCAUAGCGUCCAAGUAUGAAGAAGUUUACUCGCCUAGUGUUGCACAUUUUGCUGGUGAAACAGAUGGUGCUUGUUCUGUUCAAGAAAUUAAAGAAGGUGAAAAAUUCAUCUUAAAAGUUUUAGAGUUUGAUUUAAGUUAUCCAAAUCCGAUGAAUUUUUUGAGAAGAAUAUCUAAAGCUGAUGACUACGAUAUACAGUCCCGUACGCUUGCCAAGUUCUUAUUAGAAAUUUCAAUUGUUGAUUUUAAGUUCAUUGGAAUACCUCCAUCAUUCUGUGCUGCUGCCGCUAUGUUUAUAUCUAGAAAAAUGCUAGGGAAAAGCAUUUGGGAUGGCAAUCUAAUACAUUACUCAGGUGGGUACACAAAAAAGCAAUUAGAACCUGUGUGUAAUUUAAUGAUGGAUUAUUUAGUUUCUCCAAUUGUUCACGAUGAGUUUAUUCGAAAAUAUCAAUCUCGUAGAUAUAUGAAAGCAUCGAUAAUAUCAGUGAACUGGGCAUUGAAGGUUAAGAAGAAUAAAUAUGAUAUUAUGACACUGCAUGAAUAG